AUGGCUACCCGUGGCGGUUCUCCACCGACGUCUUCAUCAACAACUGUCCGCUUCGAUACUACCACUCCAAUAUCGGAUAAAUUACCGUCCGCAUCCUCGUCGGCCAAAGACAGUCCUCGAAGUGAUGCAAAUCCUCCGAAGGGUACCACCAGUUUCACAAAGCGGUUUUUCUUCUCAUCCAAAAAUAUUCGCUUUUGGACCAGUGGCCGAUCCGGAAAACCUGCUACUUCUUCCAAGCAGAAAUUAACCGGACCAACUGGAGCAGCUGAUAUUGUAAAUCAAGGCGAUCAGCUGCGAUAUAUCAAGGAAGAGCGGUACGUCAUGCGCAGGUUGGUUUUUCGCACUUUUUAUACAUAG